GUCUGAAUCGUAAAAAAAGACUCAAGAGCCACACCAUUUUUUUGUGUAGUAGCUGCAGUGGCCCGGUAGUCGUGAUUGGGGGAGAGAAGGAAUUUCUCGGAAGGGAAAGUCCAAUCGGAUCUCAUUGCAUAAAUUGCCUGAUUCAGAGCAGGACAAGAUUACCAACACUAAGACAAAGACCAACCAAAAAAUGUCGCUGUCUAAAUACAAACAAACACCCCCCCCCCCCCCGUUUCUUCCUCCUGCCCAUGUCCGAUCGCGGCGCGCACCGCCGUGGCUACCGCAGCUAUGGUUGGAUGUGCAACCGCAGUGGUACAAUAUCAAUUUUGAUGUAGCGUCGAAUGUGAAAAUUGCAUACACGUACUUUACAUCUUCAAUCACUGGACGCGGUGAGAUUAAAACGAUGCGUCCUGAAGCAAAUGGACAGGUGAUUGAUAUCCUCCUUCAAAGAAGUGUUGGUGUACUGGAUAAAGAAUUGUGGUAUCACCCCCCUCUAGAUGGGCUAAGGCGAUAGCCUUGGCCCCUGCGUGUUCAGAUGAAUCGCACAGAAAAAUUAAACAAGCUCGAAUUGAAAUAAAAUUCCAAUUCAAAUAUUACGCAGGUGCAGCAGGAGAGUACCAAGAAGGAGCCCACCUCGUCCUCGCUGGACCUCGACUACACAGGGGAAGCCGACUCAGGGCCGAGCGAGGAUGUCGAGGACAAGGACGAACAGAAAGAAAUGUAUUCCCCGGAAACCGAUGCUGAGACGCCCUCCGGCUCCUUCACCUCCAAGACCACGACCAGCGAAGCUGACAAUCAGCCGGAAUCCGAAUCGUCGACGGCUAAGAAAAUACCGGCCCAGCUCGAGAGUGACCUGCGGAUGCUCCUUCCGCUGUUCCACGCAAAACAGUCCGUGACGCAGAGUCUGGGCAUGCUGACUGCGCGGCUCGAGCACCAGGGGGUCAGCGCGUACAAGAUGAAAUUGCUCCUCGAAGCUGCGGCCGCUUUUCUUCCCCGAUCUACCAGUGCUGCUGGGAAGAGCUACCAGGUACGUCUUGUCACCGUAAGUAGAGACUGCGACGAAUGUUUAUCGGAUUGUCGUUGAGCCAGUGCCAGAUGAUUACCAGGAAUGAAUUUUGCGUACGAAGAUGAUGAACGGCAAUGGUAUUCUUGUUCAAGUUAAACUGAUGAAAAAUGCACUGAAGUUUGAAUUUGGAGUGUUUGUGUUUCCCGACCGCUUGAUGUUUAUGCGCAACUAACAUUGGAAAAAGAUUCCAACGGAAACUUCAGGACGCCGACGCAUUUAUCGUACACCUACACGCGAGUGGGCUUCUGGACGAAUUCGAGACGCUCGACAAGGACCGCAAUGGCGUUCUGGAUCUUGGGUCGGAGUUCGACGUAAAUGCAUUCGAUUUGAACAAGGAUGGAAAGGUACUUUCACACAUUCACUGCCUAUUGCCGUUGUAGCGUUGCUUCUGCCUGGGAACCUUGAGCCUGACGGUGGUGUUGCAAACAUACGGUAUGUCUCCCUCUCCUCCAUGAGGAGAAUACUUGUGCAUGAUGAUCAGGAUCAUGAUGGAAGAAAAAAUACAAAUAGACAACGACUGUCAUGAAUUUAAUAAAGUACUUUCAUUCUUCACAACCACAAGGUAAAGUUUUUUCUUCUUCUUCAGCAUGUUGAUUUUUUAUUCGGCCUCCUGAAAACAAAUAAAUAAAGGUGAAUUUGCCAGAGUUUCUCUAUUGCGGGUGCAGCAGCGAGAACCAGUGCGGCGUCAUCCUGCCCACGGAUUCGCCAGCCGCAGAGUCGGGAGGAAGUAUGUUGGAGACGCGCCCCAGUCGGAGAUCCCCCAGUUUGAGUUCGCGGCUGGCGAACACGUUCAGGCACUGCACGGACUUCACGGAUCCCGAUGAGAACUCCGCAUGGGCAUACGUGUCUGAUGACUAUCAUAACCCGAUGUCGCCUACUGAGUGGAAAACUUCAAGAAUAAGAAAACGAGCAAAAUUCGGUCUUUAGAGUCUUUAGGGUGGCCGGGAGGGGUUCCAAGAUCGACGAAACACGACGCCGGCGGCUCGACCGGCAGCGCAGAAGCAGCACGCGGCGCCCUUGGGCUCGGCCGGGUUGCAUCCGGCCGGGACAUCAUUUCGCCAACCAUCGCCACGAGGCGCCGCUUGUACUUGGAGAGAAACCGGCAGAGCCCCCUCAAUCCAAAAAGCCGGCUCUUCUUGACGGCGGCAAGCAGCAGACCUGAGCUGGGCAAUGGGGGGUCGUUACAUUUGCGGCGCCCUUUUGCUAGAGUUUGCCAAAUGCCGGGCCAUGUUUUUCGGCGCCUAAAAUAGUGCGCCCAAUUUGCACGCCCAAUCCGGACCCUUAGCAGGGCGGGACUCCCCUCGCCGACGGGCUGCAUUUUGGGCGUCCACAAUUGCGGCGCCGCGUGGCUCCAAAAUCGAUUUCCGAAUCGGGCGAACUUCAAAAAGUGCGUUUUUUGAGCAAAAAGUAAGCAAUAAAGUCCUCUGGGCGACCCCUUGCGCCAGGGGUCGCCGGAGGGGUCUGCUUUUUCAUUCUUGAAAUUUUUUCCAUCGGGAAGUGGGAAAAAAGCCGUUUCGGGAAUGGCCAAAAUCUAGGGUCUUCGCUAGGGGUCGACCCUGUUCAUUCUUGCAAUUUUUCCCAUCGGGAACUGCAAAAUUUUGCGUGAAUCACGGGCGGAAUGCAAAAAAGAGCGCCUGUAUCGAGUCCCCUGGCGAUGUCUUUGCUCGGGCAUUCCCGCAGAAGCUUGCUGUAAUAUUUCAGCAACUUCGGGUCGCUUUUCGCUUGCCUGCGGAGGCGCCGCCGCGCCUCGUCCAUUCGGACCACGCAACGACCCGAGCCCAUUGGGCCCCGGUCACGAAUGUUCCAGGAAGGGCCACACCUAGCUAACUAGUUUGGCGCGUGAGGUUGGUAGCCCUCGGCCCGUCUUCGUUGGCCGGCUCCAUGCCAGGCCUGCCUCUCCCUUUUUUCAUAUCGAGAAGUAGGCGGCCGCGAUAAAACACUCAGUGUGUCGCGUCCUCUGCUUCUGAUAGUUUUGAAGUAGUAUGCCUCGCGACCUGCCAAGCGCUAUCCAAAACAAAAACAAAAAACAGGGCGCCCGGCGCCUUACCGUUUUGAAUUCUAAACACCAAAUUUUGCUCAUUUUCUUAUUCUUGAAGUUUUCAACGUAGUAUCGCCCAUGAUGCCCCUAGGUUUUUUUACGGGGAGUCCAAGCUAUGUUCCACGGAGGAACGACCUACGUGUGCUCAGGCGGCCCUAGCCCAAUCCAAGGGAUGUGGAUCGCCGCAAUUCCGAAGAUUAAGGCUACUGCUAAGGCUAGGGCAGAGGCUAAAGCUCGGGCCGAGGCUAAGGCUGGGGCUAACGCUAUGGCCGAGGCUCUGGCUGCGGCUGAGGCUAAGCCUAGGGCUGAGGCUAACGCUAGGGCUGCGGCUGAGUGGUUCGAGCGCGGCCGCCGAGUCUUCAGAUACAAAGCGUGAAAAUUGAAAAUCCUCCACUACACCAGCAGCCACGUCAUCAGCUCCGAGUCAAUAGCUGAGAGUGUAGAAGAUCAAGUCCCGCUGAGAGUGUAGAAGAUCAAGACUUAGGGAACGGCGGAAGAAGUAGAGAAGCCUACUGAAAUAGAAGAGACAAGAACCUGUUCCUCGAUCAGAUUGGUUUACAUCUUUUCAGUCUCAGUCAUGAACAAA